UUGUAACCACAAAAGGAAAUAACAGGUGGUUCCCCAAACCCCUUUCAAUCUACCUAAACCGAGGGGAAUCGAAAAUAUGCCUGGUUCGUUAGGUGGUAUUUAUUUGUUCAGCAUUGUGGAUUUUGCCUAUUGCUGCAGUGUUGUAAGCGAAAAACAAAAGGCGCUGCCUCUUCUAGCAAAACGCUUUGAAUUUCCCGAUUGAAGUGCUGGUACUACUCACCCUGAGUCAGACGUAUUAAUUGGCUUAUUAAAUGGAUUGAAUCCCUUCCACCAGCACAAGUUAUAAAUGAAUGGUGUAUUUCAGCAUUUAAAAAAAGACCAAAUUCUGAGAUGGAAUGGUGCAUUCUGCAGCAAUCAGUUUCCACGUUCUGAAGAGAGAAAGCACAAUGGAGAUGCAUCCAAUAUGCACAAAGCUGUGCCGUCACAAACCCCACAAUCCGAAAGACGAUGCACCUGAGAAGCAGUGUCCAGUCACCGUGAAUCCCCGUCAUAUGAAAAAAGCUUUCAAAGUGAUGAAUGAGUUACGCAGUCAAAAUCUUUUGUGCGACGUGACAAUUGUUGCUGAGGAUGUGGAGUUUGCAGCUCAUAGAGUUGUCCUAGCAGCCUGCAGUCCUUACUUCCAUGCAAUGUUUACAGGUGAGAUGAGUGAGAGCAGAGCAAAGCGAGUCCGGAUAAAGGAAAUGGACGGAUGGACAUUGGGGAUGCUCAUUGAUUAUGUUUAUACAGCAGAAAUCCGGGUCACAGAAGAGAAUGUACAGGUUCUGCUUCCAGCCUCCAGUCUCUUGCAGCUACAGGAUGUGAAAAGAGCUUGUUGUGAAUUCUUGGAAUCACAGCUACACCCCACCAACUGCUUAGGGAUCCGAGCCUUUGCAGAUAUGCAUGCAUGUACAGAGAUGCUGAAUAGAGCCAGCACGUUUGCAGAGCAGCACUUUGCAGAGGUGGUGCAAAGUGAGGAAUUCCUGAACCUGGGAAUUGAGCAGGUGUACAGCCUGAUAGCCAGCGAUAAGCUCACAAUACCAUCUGAGGAGAAGGUGUUUGAAGCGGUUAUUGCCUGGGUAAACCAUGAUAAGGAAGUCCGUCAGGAACACAUGUCCCAUCUUAUGGAGCAUGUGCGGCUGCCUCUGCUUUCUCGUGAAUACCUGGUCCAGAGAGUAGAAGAGGAGUCCCUAGUUAAAAAUAGCAGUGCAUGUAAAGAUUACCUCAUUGAAGCCAUGAAGUAUCAUCUGCUUCCUGUUGACCAGAGGUCCAUGAUGAAAACUAUUAGGACCAGAAUGAGAACGCCCAUCAAUCUUCCAAAGGUAAUGGUUGUUGUUGGUGGGCAGGCCCCUAAAGCCAUCCGCAGUGUCGAGUGCUAUGAUUUCAAAGAGGAGCGGUGGUACCAAGUAGCUGAGCUGCCUUCACGAAGAUGUAGAUCAGGUGUCGUCUGCAUGGGAGGAUUUGUUUAUGCAGUUGGUGGAUUCAACGGCUCUUUAAGAGUGCGCACAGUCGAUUCAUAUGAUCCAGUUAAAGACCAAUGGACUUGUGUUGCCAGCAUGCAGAACAGGAGAAGCACUUUGGGAGCUGCUGUAUUAAAUGGCCUUCUUUAUGCUGUAGGAGGAUUUGAUGGGAGUACAGGUUUGUCAACUGUAGAAGCCUACAACGCAAAGAAAAAUGACUGGUUUCUCAUAGUACCUAUGAACACCCGUCGGAGUAGUGUGGGAGUUGGUGUUGUUGGAGGAUUGCUGUAUGCAGUUGGAGGGUAUGAUGGUGCAUCCAGGCAAUGUCUCAGCACAGUGGAGGUCUACCACCCCAACGCCAACGAAUGGAAUUAUGUUGCAGAGAUGAGCACAAGACGAAGUGGGGCAGGUGUCGGGGUUUUGAAAGGAUUAUUGUAUGCUGUUGGAGGUCAUGAUGGGCCACUGGUGAGAAAGAGCUGUGAGGUGUAUGACCCUGCCACAAAUACUUGGAAGCAGGUUGCAGAUAUGAAUAUGUGCAGAAGAAAUGCAGGUGUCUGUGCAGUAAGCAAUCUGCUGUAUGUAGUUGGUGGGGAUGAUGGCUCCUGUAACCUGUCAUCAGUGGAGUAUUACAACCCUUCAGCUGACAAGUGGACCCUGUUGCCUGCUUGUAUGAGCACAGGAAGGAGUUAUGCAGGUGUUGCAAUACUUGACAAGCCAUUAUGACUAGGCGUGGAUUUGCUGCUGUUCUGAAUCUGAAGUAAGAUGUUGCUGAAUUAAUUUGGCAUCUAAAGCAUCUUUGCUUCACUGCUUCGCUCUGAGGCAGUGUGGAGGAGGACCGUACUAUCUUAAAUGUCAGACGAGGAGUGGAGACAUUGAAGAUUUUGCACUUAAUGGAAGCAGUACAUGGGAUCAGCCUUUAACACAGACUUUUACCUUGUGGGUUAAAGAAUACCCAAAGUCUGAAGGUGCACAUUGAUGAAAAAAACUGCUGUAACUAAAGCUAUUAAAAGUUGUACAUGGACCAAGUGAGAUCUGAAGGAGGAUGGUUUAUCAUGCAAAAGAAUCUGAAGAGAUAUGGACAAUAACCAUUAACAGUUGUAAUGUUUUUAUAAACUUUCAAUGAGCUAAUAAAUGUCACUAUUCAAAACAGAGGAAGCCAUUUCUAUAUAUAACAUCAGUUGGAGAUGUAAGUGGCAGUCCCUUGUAUCAUUUCUGAACUUAAUUGUAUAGUUUUCAUGGGCACAGUACUGCAAAUAAUAUCAACUACAUAAUGUGUCUGGUGUGUGUAAGAUGACAGAUAGAUAUGAUUUUGCCUAACACUAUAUACCAGUUCUGAAGAAGAAUGAGCAAAGCCUAGCACAUUUAAAAUGAAUUUAAUGCCCAAAUUGUCAAAACAAAAAGGCAAUCUAAUAUUUGAUUUGUAUGUACUUUACCUUCUUUUAAUAUCUUGGUCAUGUUUUGAUGCAUUCCUUUAUUUUAUCUAAUUGAGAAUGUGUUAUGGCAUGAAUUCAAAUGCAGAUUUACAUUGGUCGCCUGGAUUUGACAUUAAUCUGCAUGAUGUCAUAAACAGAUCAUUUACUUUUAGCUGCUGUUUUUGCUACUACUGUAUGUGAAUGAAUACUGAAUGUGAUGUGCAGAAUCACAGAUUUGGAUCGCUUCUAAAAAUGACCAAAAUGUAUUUUCAGGCUUUUCUUUUAACUGUUGUCUUAUUUAUCCUGUUAUUGUGUGAGUCAGGAAUGUUGUGCAAUGCUCUUUGAACCAAUGUUUCUUAACUGAAGUUUUUGUUUUUUAAAAUAAAUGUUUCUUGUAUUUUGA